AUGAGUCUUACGCGUGACGUCAAAAGCAUCGAAGAUAAUUCAAACCGAAGUUUUACUUUAGAACGACAGAAACAUGCGGAAUUACACGUGCAAGAUCAAGUACCACCGAUUCGAACCAAUUACGAACAGGUUACUUUAGUAUGGCUCGAUAGUCAUGUUAAAAAUAACGGACCUUUUGCUGAUGAUAUUCAUUUGACUGAGGAGUUAUUACGCAAAUUAAAUGAUUAUGUGAUGCUAUUCGAUAAUGAACUUGAAUGUCUUACCUAUAUCGAUUCGGUAAAAAAUGAAACUGUUCUGCUGAUAGUUUCUGGCACGUGUGCAACAUCGAAUUUGCUUGACGCACUACAAAAGUUAUCCUAUGUCGACUCCAUUUUUAUCUUUUGCCAAAAUAAGAAUAAUUAUGAACGAUUAAAAGAAAAUUACAAGAAAGUCGUUGGCAUUUUUACUGAACAAAGAGAUCUUGGAGAAAGUAUUCGAAAUGCUAUUGAAGUUAUCGACAGACAGUCAACCAUAUUUGCUCUGUACAAUGCGGAUAAACAAAAAUCCAUGCGAGACCUUAGUCGGGAGUCUGGUUCGUUCAUCUUUCUUCAACUGAUCAAACAAGUUAUCAAACGGAUGUCAAUGAACAACGGUUCAGCCGAUAACAGCAAGCAGGAGAUGAUAGACAAGUGUCGCCUGUAUUAUCGAGGAAACGAAAAAGAACUAGAAAAUAUCAAGGAAUUCGAAAAGCAUUAUAAACCCAAUCAAGCGAUCAAAUGGUACACUCGAGAUUCAUUCGUCUAUAAACUAAUCAACAAAGCCUUACGCACUGAAGAUAUUGAUUCAUUAUACACUUAUCGGUUUUAUAUUCAUUAUAAACCCAAUCAAGCGAUCAAAUGGUACACUCGAGAUUCAUUCGUCUAUAAACUAACCAACAAGGCCUUACGCACUGAAGAUAUUGAUUCAUUAUACACUUAUCGGUUUUAUAUUGUGGAUAUCUGCGAAUGUUUGGCUGAAAAUUGUCAAAUACUGCGAGAUGUGGCAUCGGAUAUAACAGUCUAUCGAGGUAUGAAGAUGCGUCGAGCAGAAAUAGAACGACUUCAGGAAAGUAUUGGUCAUCAUAUUGCUGUUAAUGGCUUCUUUUCAACUAGUCGAGAUAGAUCUGUUGCUGAAAUGUAUGCAGGAAUCAAUGCUGCACAGUCGGUCUCGUCCCAUGCAGAGGACACCGAAUCAGUCGUGUUUGUUAUUUAUGCUGACUUGGAAGUUCAUCCGGACCUGAUUUUAGCUGAUGUAUGCUGUCUCAGUUCAUUUCGAGACGAAGGUGAAGUUCUUUUCGAUCUUGGCACAGUAUUUAAAAUCGUAUCGUUCACGUACGACAGCGACAAAAAUUGUCGGAUUUGCCAUAUGGAAGCAAGCGAUGAAGGCCGUACUAUAGCUCAGGGAUAUCUUGAUUUCAAACAGAAAGAAUUGCAUUCAUCAUCAGAUAUCGAAAUUGUAUUUGGAGACUUACUACACGUUAUGGGUGAGUGGCUAAAAUCUCGUGCGUAUUUCGAAAAUCUUGCCACUCGGCGAAUCAAUGAUCCACAAGUUCAUCUCGGUAUCGCUCGAACUUAUGAAUCUCUUAAUCAAUCCGAUCAAGCUCUGCAGCAUUUGAGUCAGGCAUAUGACUUAGCUAUGCAAGACAACCCCGAGCGAUUGUCGCUGGCAGCAAAGAUCUGUCACUACAUUUGCCGAGUGCAUUCGUUGUGCAACAAUUUUAACGACGCUCUCCUGUUUAACAGCAAGGCUCUUGAACUCUAUCGACGGGCCGGUGAACAUGAUAACCGAGAGGGUAUUGCUCUAGCAUUGAUAGCUGCAGGUAAUAUAUGUUUUCUAAAAUGUGAACAUGAUAUAAGUUUAGAACAUUAUCAAAGAGCCCUUCAGAUUUUUAUGGAACUGUAUCCCUUCGAUCAUCCGGAUAAAGGUGUUGCUUUGAGUUCCCUCUCGUUGUCUUACUAUCUGAGAGGUGAAUAUGAAUGUGCACUAAAGUAUAUGCUUGAGUGUGUAGCAGUUCACGAGCGAUUACUUCCUACAGACCAUCCGCAUUGUGCUGUAGGUCACACAUCUGUUGGUAAAUUAUUGUACAAACAAGGAAAAUACUCUGAAGCACUCGAACAAUUCCAUUAUGCCAUGGGCCUGUUCGACAAACGAAGGACGAAUCAUCAUCGAAAUUAUGCUCUUCUACUGAACAACAUAGGCAAAACUCUCUACCGACUCAAUAAACUAGACGAAGCUUAUGAACAGUACAAUAAAGCUAUGCAAUUUAUCGAGAAGUUAUUUCUAACGAAGUCGACAGAUCAUGCCGAUCUAGCAUAUACAUGGAAAAACUUUGGCGAACUUCGUAUGGCAAGAUUUGAUACUACCGGUGCACUUAGUUUAUUUGAGCGUGCUCGAGAUAUGUAUAAACGACUCUUCACAAUUGCUGAAAAUCAUCGAGAUAUUGCUAAGUGCUGGCACCUCAUCGGACAAGCGCACGUGGCAUUGGAAAACGAUACAGAAGCAAUAGAAUCAUUCGAGAUAGCACUACAGAUGUGGAUAAAAACGCUACCCAAACAUCAUCCCGAUAUUGCACUUUGUCAUCAAUCUAUGGGUGAAUUUUAUGUCAACAGAAAAGGAGACAUCGACAAAGCUAUUGAUCAUUAUCAUACAGCACUGACUAUCUACGAAAUGCAACAAGAUGAUAGUUCCAAACAUAUAGAAACGAUACGAAAUAAACUAAUUUCUUUGAAAAAAAGCACGGCAUGA